AUGCUUCUCGACUGCCGGUUGGAUCGAAUCUCUCUGCAGCAGCCAACUCGGAGGAAUAAAAGACAUAUUACGAUAAAAUAUUCAGCUUAUAUAGGCUUGAAUCUUGUCGUUUUAUACGUGUGUUAUAGGGGAUUGACAAGUCGUCUUAGGGCUUAUAUCAAACUAGAGCUCACUACGUCAAAUACGGAAUAUAGAGCACAUCCAGCAUUUAUUGAGAUGGCAGGUCCCCCAGCACCUCCACCUCCACCUCCCCCGGCACCUUCGGGCUUUGGCUCGAGCGGAGCAACCGCUCCGAGGCCAGCAGCAUCUGUUAUGCAAGGUCGCGAUGCACUACUGGGAGAUAUUCGGAAGGGAACGAGACUUAAGAAAGCAGAAACUAAUGAUAGAAGUGCGCCUUUAGUAGGUGGCGGCGGUGUAGUCGGGUCUGGGUCCAAGUCCAGCUCUGCAAAUGGGCCUAGUUUACCUUCAGCUGUGGGAUCGGCGCCUCCUGCUCCUGGGCUGGGUGCUCCUCAGUUAGGAGAUAUCCUAGCUGGAGGGAUCCCAACAUUGAGAAAGGUCUCCAGGGGACAAGAAUCGCAGACAGUGAACUCUUCUAGUGCUCCACCAGUUCCAGGGAUGCCACCUGCCAUUCCAACAGGUAAAGUGCCGCCACUGCCUUCUAAUCGUAUGCCAAGCAUGCCGACAGCACCUUCUUCAGUAGCUCCCCCAGUUCCGUCUGCCAAUGUUCCAAACAUCCCUGUAACUCCGGCUCCGUCUGUACCCAGUGCCAGGCCCAAAAGAAGAUCCCAUCAAAAGCAAAGCUCUAUCUCAAGCUUAUCGUCGACAGUACAGGUAUCGUCACCUCCUAUUCCCGCCACAGGUGCGCCACCACCUCCAAAACUUCCUUCUUCGGCCCCUCCAGUACCAGGCGUACCCUCUUCGCAGCCUCCACCGGCUCCUCCAGCUUUCCUGGCAGCGCCAGCGGCGCCAGUCGAGGCGAGUAAUUUAAAAGGCUUUGAAACUGGUAAUUUGGCCGCUCCCCCUCCGGGUCCACCCGCAGGACUUCCUUUCUUGGCUGAGAUCAAUGCGCGAAGGUCGGAUCUGGGCUCUGUCGACGGGACAACGGCGUCUGCUGGCCCUUCAAUACCAUCCGCUGCUCCUGUGCCGCCAAAACCUACAGCGCUUGCACCUCAAGCACCGCCUCUACCAAGCCAGGCACCACCCCUACCAAGUCAAGCGCCACCCCUACCAAGUCAAGCACCACCUCUGCCAUCGCAGGCGCCUCCAUUGCCCUCUCAGUCGCAACCAAAGCGAGCAACAGCAGCGGCUCCACCUGCACCACCAUUGCCUUCUCAGUCGCCACUAAAGGCAAAAUCUGCGCCGGCUCCGCCAGCGCCGCCAAUGUCCUCUCAAUCGACCCCAGAGAUGAGAACAACAGCGCCGCCGCCAGCGCCACCUGCCCCCCCAGCACCACCGGCAUCCCAAAUUUUUAGCACCAGUACGACUCCCUCCUCCACAGCAGCACGGGAUAGCAAACAGGCAGCUCCUACACUGGGCGGCCCACUGCCUUUCCUUAGCGAAAUACAAAAGAAGCGAGACGACCGCUAUGUGGUGGGUGAUGGUACUGGUUAUUCAACUAAGCAAGAGCAGCCGGAUGCCAUGGCUUCUGCUCCGGCACCUUCGAUGCAUAGAGUUGAUGACGGACGCGGCAAGUCAGGAGGUCCGAUGUCUUUGAUGGGUGAGAUUGAGUCGAAAUUGAAGCCUCGCAAAGCCAGUCAAAGUGUCUCUGACUCUCGAGUGACAUCAGUUCCCAGUCCUGCUCCCCCUUUACCAACAGCUGCUCCCCCUCUACCAACAGCUGCUCCCCCUCUACCAACCGCUGCUCCUCCUUUACCCGCCGCCAUCCCUCCACAGCGGUUAUCGUCUGAUAUCGAUCACUCGCGCUCGAAUAUCGCUCAAGAAGGCUCAUUUCUUGAUGAGAUACAAUCAUCGUUCAAGCAACAUCAUAUCCAGCCUUCACCGGGAGCAACAAAUGCUGGCCACCCUGAGAGCGAAUUUUCCAUUCCAUCGUCGCCGCCAAUGUCACCGCCAAUUUCAGCCCCACCGCUGCCAUCCGCUGUUCCAAAGGCCCCGCCACCGCCUUCGAAUGAUUUCACUCCCCCACAACUUGUAACAGGCCCUCCCAACAUUGCACCUCCCCCUCGAUCAGUACCGGCUACUAGACAACAGGAAAGUGAGUCUAUUUCUGGGGCCUCUCCAGCUAUAACGAAGGCACCACUUCGGCCUCCAAGCAAGGAGCAAACUGGUAACAUUAAACAGCGGCUGUUUUCAUCAGGCGAAUCCUCUGCUAGAGGAACUAUAAAUGAGCGCACAAAUGUUCCCAAUAUUGAGGUCAGCCAGCUCACGAUCAAUGGAUCUGAUAGCACCUCUGGCGUCAAACUAAACAGCGGUAAAGUAGUCAUCGAUGAUUCGAGGUUCAAAUGGGCUAAUGCUUCACAAAUACCCAGACCUAGGCCAUAUCAAAACAGAACCAAGCUGUACCCUAGUGGAAAGGGCAGUAGUGUUCCACUAGAUCUUUCCUUAUUUACAUAA